AUGAUGGCACAAUAUUACCAGUCGGAAUUCUACCAACAAUCACCAUCAACAUUAGAUGUGACACUGGAAGACGACGAUAUGAGCGUGCUGGAUGAGAAGAUCUUGGACCCAAGUUCCGAAGACCUUGCCAACAACCGCCGCGCCUCCUACGACGACCCACCCUACUCACAUCGCGAUUCCGUCUGGUCCAACUACUCGAAUACCAGUUCCGGCCAGUCACAGUCAAAUUCGCAUUCGCAGCUCGGGCACGGCAUGCUCAACUCAACGGGCGCCUCCUUCAUGCCCGUUGAUGGCCCGCAAUUAACUUCCUACCCGCAGGCAUCAUGGUCGAUGCCGCGCACGGAUUCAGGCUCAUGCACCCCGACCGUGAACUAUGAUAACUAUGCUGCCAAUGGAGAUCAGAGUGCCAUCACUCCUUUCUCUGGUGGUGCAGUUGGACCUGUCGGCGCUAUGCCCGCGAACUCUAUGUCAUACCGUGGAGGGCUGGAUGCCGGCUCCGAUGGACAUGGCCGAGGCAGAGCUACACUCAAGAAAGAGCCCAAACUACCGGGUUGCUUUGCCGGCGCACCGGGGGAUGGCGUUCGGAAGAGGAAUUCUCGCAUCCCAAUCUCCCCCGAAUUGAAUCUGGACAACAUCGACGAGGCAAUCCGGAAUUGCACUGAUGAGGAGGAAAAGAAGAACCUGAAGGCAAUCAAACGACUGCUGCGGAAUCGAUGUGCAGCGCUUCAUUCCCGGCAACGCAAGAAAAAGGAAGCCGAGGGUCAUGUGGAGAAGAUUAAGGAAUUGGAAGCAACGAUCGGCGAGUUCAACGCAAGGAUCAAGCAACUGGACGCCAUGAUCGAGGCGCUGAAAGAGGAAAUCCAGAACACGCAAAGGGCAAGGGAAAACCUGGAGUAUGAGAACCGCCAAUUGAUUGACUACAAUAUGCAGUUGGCAGAGCAUAUUCAGCGUCAGGACAUUGAGAAAGACGAAAUCAUCGUCACACAUACGCGGGAGACAGCCAAUCUCUUGAAAAGAAACAGGCACCUGGAGGAGAGAAUUAAACAGCUCGAGCACGGCGCCAAAGUCGCUCAAGAAAGCCGGCCCGGCGAGUUCACCAACUUCGAGAACCCCACUAUGGAAAACACAUCAUGGGACGGCUUCUCGAUGGGUAACCAGCAGGUCAAGGUUCCGGAGAAAUCCACAAACGGAUCAGACCUGCCGGUCAACUGGAAUGCCUUCUGCAUGUUCCUGCUUCUUGGUGCCUUCUGUGCCUCAAACAGUACGUCCUUACUGGGCCGCCCCCUACCCCAAUUAUCCGAAGAGUACCGGGCCGAAUCUGCCAACGUGCUCAAGGCAGUUCUAGCCUCCUCAUCAGGUCACGAGAUAACCCACCAACACUCCAUCAACCAUGGAACAACAACCGGACCUUCGCCGGCAACAAUCAGCGGCAUGGAGAUGGCGCAAAUGAGUUCUGUACAGCCCCUGCCAUCAAAUCUAGACCAGCUGCAUAACACGCUUGUAAUGCCGACAGAGGAGCAGGAGCGCGACCAGGACUUCUCCAUGAACGUGGACCAGUACAACGCUCUGACGACGUUUGAUGACCACAGUGGGGAUUUCAAGUCACAGAAGCCGUCUACCUUGCAGCAGGCGUUUGCUGCGAUGCGCGAUACCACCGCGCAGCGGACUCGCAUGCACUCCGCCCUGUCGUCGGGUGUGCAUUCCAGAUCAUUGUUGUGGGACUGUAUGCCUGAGAAGGUUGUUCAGGACUUCCAACGUAUGGUGAACAUUCAUGAAUACGAUACUUCCGUUAAGGUGGAGGGUAUUUUCUACCCUUGA